AUGCCAUACUCAACUCACCCAUAUGACUCGACUGCCAGUUAUGGGGAUGCUACUGAUGGGCCAAAGGCUUUCAAAAGAGACACUGCUAAAAGGUAUAGUAGUUAUGAUGUCUACGGUCUGUUAUAUUAAAUAUUGUUACUUUCAACAGUUUCACAAAUUUCGUUAAACUGUUGAAAGAAGCGAUAAGCCCUGACAGUAUAGUGUAAUUAUCACAAAGCAGUGGGUGUUUUUUUGCAAAGUGCCAGCAGCUUCUGACUGCCGAAUGACUCGGGUGCCUAGUGAUUCUAAGGGGUAGGAAUGACAGAACAAGUUCCAGUCAGGUGCAUUAUACAGCUAGGUGAACUGAAGUGGAACUUGAUUCACUCACUGAGUCAGUUUCCUAGUUAACCUUAAGCACUGAUUUUUAUAUUAAUAGUCACUUGACACUCUGCAAAAUACCCCUGACAUAGAAAAAGCACCUUUACAUAUAAAGUAUAAUUUAUACGGUAAUUCAGGCUUGACCAGGAUUGGAAUCCUGAUUCAAAUCUUAGUCAAGUAAAGAUCCAGAGAUCAAGAAAUGUUCAGGUUCUUUUUCAUAGCGGUCAUCUUUUAUGCUUCCAGUAACGUGUGGUGUUUAUACGUAUUUAUUUACAACAAUAACAAUUAAUGUUCCUCCUGUAUUUUGUUUUAGAGUGUUUGUCAAUAGAAGUCUUAGUCUGGACAAAAUCAAAUUCUUUGGCUUUGACAUGGAUUAUACUUUAGCAGGUACAGUCACCAGGAGAAAACAUUAAUUAUAAUUCUCCCAUUUGAGCCCGUGGACUGGGUCUGAUGUUACUUCUUUUGUAAUUACUUGUUGCAAAACUCUUAAGGCAUUCUCAACAAUUCUGAACUUCUUUACAUGUAUGUGUAUUUAUAAACAAUAACAAAAGAAUGCCCAAGUUGCACUCUAUUAAAAUUCUGAAGCUUUAUUACAUGAUCGUACAUAUAAUGGGCUUACAUGUAGGUCACAGUCGAUCCCCAAACAUUAUGGUUAACCUUUUUUGGGUGUGGUUCUUUUGGUGUCAUGACCUUCUAACUUAGAUAUAAACAUUAUCGCCCAUACUGCAUUUAAGACAACUGACUGUAAUUUUUGUGUUGCAGUGUAUAAAUCCCCAGUCUAUGAAAAGAAAGCCUUUGAUUUGGUCUGUGAAAGACUAGCUUCAAUUGGCUACCCUCAGGUGAGUUAUUAUUGCUAAAAUGUUCACUGUAGGCAGUAGAGUACAGUGCUUGUUACAGGAUCAUGCAUGUGCAGUGUACAGCCUGCACUAUGAGCAAUUGAGCUGGUUCAUAGAGAAACUCCUGCUCCCAAAGAUUGUAGCCCAAAGGAGAACUACUAAUUUCCCUGCUUUCUAGACUAUGUCAUUUUCAACAUUCUUCCUUUAACACUACCAUGCCUGAAUAGGAGAAGUCAACACCUCACAUACAUAUAUACAUGUAAUACAGCACUAUAAUUAGAGAUACCUGUACCACGCUCUUCUAAAGUUGUAAUAAUUAUGUUGAACUGAAGUGGUGAGAUUGUGUGACAUCUACGGUGUACAUGUCUAAGGAUGAUGAUGAUGGUGAUGAUGACAAUGAUGAUGAAUGUAUACAAUACUCUCUGUGAACAGAUAUCACUAUGAAUAAGUAUUUUAGAUGAUUUAUUGUUGGAAUGAAAUCCAAAGCUUCAGUCCACAUCUUUUUUGUCACAAGCAGUAAUUGUACCGUCUAACAGUAAUUUGUGAUUAUUAUUAUUAUCAGUCAUUUAUUGGCCAUAAAAGUGUUAUUUUUUUUGUUUCCAUUUAAUAGGAUAUCCUUAAAUUUGAAUAUGAUGAAACUUUUCCAGUCAGGUAA